AACCAGCCAAGUUUUGGCAUCACACGGUAUAGAAAGCACACAAAACUGUUCGCACUGCUUGAAACUAUUCAUAAAAUUCAGUGACAGAGCAUAAUUAAUAGACAAAUAGUAGAAAUUAAGUAAUAAAACAGUUUCUAAGUAGAAGUUUAGGCUUGUCUCUGAAGCGUAGUGUGGAAAAUGCGCAGCGCUCUGCCAGCAGACAUAAAAAUGUUGUGAAGCUUAUGUUGGAUGAAAAAUCGAAAUUGUGGCAAACAUUGUGAAGGAAUGUGCAAAAUGUAAGGAGAUUUGUUACGGAAGUAUUCCUUAAUUAAUCUAAUGUGAACUCGGAAAAUUUCGGCUUCGGAAGGCAGUGAAAUUUUGGGAAUUUCGGCAGUGAAAUUUUAGGCAUUUUGGGGUGUGUAGGGCUUGAGUAGCAAAAGUGUUGACGACGCUGCCUUUCCUUUAUCGAUUAAAGCCGCGCAAGUUGUUGCUGGCUUUUUACUUGAGCUGUCAACAAUUGCGACAGUCAUAAGUGAUUACGUGGAAGCCCUUUUACAGUGUGAAAUCGCGAAAUGAAAAGAGUUGCGGAAAGUAGAGUUACUUAAAUAACAUAAUAAUACAUAACAUAGAAAUCUUCAAAUCUAAGCCCUUUUACGGUAAUAAAAAAUACGUUACUCGUUGUUGUGAUGUCACGAGAAAUUACAAAAACGAAAAUAUUUCUAGUUUUGAUUUAAACAUAAUCGGCAUUUCGCUUGAGUAACUUAAAUUUCUUCGCUUGCGCGCCGCAAAGUAGACUAAACUAUUUGCAUUUGCGCUUCGGGCGGCGAAUGUGUCUCUUGUUACUACAAAUACAACAAUUUCGCAUUGAAUUGUCUAUCCAUUGAUUAUCAAGAACAUUUGUACACCUUGAGAGUGCAUAGAAUUGUUAAAAAGCGGAAAUGGAAUCCGCUCAGGCAACAACUUAUGAACCGUUAGAAGGUCGCGGCGCCGGCAUACGGCAUGAGCCCAUGGACAGUCCGGAGGCGGACGUACGCGCACCCAAAGAUCACAAACAUUCCGUGUAUGUAGCAUUGUUGGCCGCUGGCAUUGGCUUUGUGUUGCCCUAUAACAGUUUCAUCAUCGCCGCCGACUACUGGCAGGCACGCUUCCCCGGCCGCUCCGUGGCAUUGGACAUGUCCAUGACGUAUAUAAUUGUCGCCUUUGCCACUGUUCUACUCAAUAACGUUUUUCUAUCGCUGGCGCCAUUUCGUGUGCGUAUUCUUUUCGGCUACGUGGUGUCCUUUACCACACUCAUCUUUGUGGCCGUCUGCGAGGUGGCAUUUCAUAUGUUCGCCGCCAAUACGGCGUAUUCAGUGAACUUGGCUGCUGUGUCUUUGGUAGCUAUCGGCUGUACAGUCCAACAAUCCAGCUUCUAUGGAUUUGCUAGCAUGUUACCGAAGCAGUAUACCCAAGCGGUUAUGGCUGGAGAGAGUAUUGCUGGUUUUUUGGUAUCUUCCAAUCGUGUGGUCACAAAGAUGUUAAUACAAAAUGACCGACUAUCAACGGUGAUCUUCUUUCUCACUUCGACACUGUAUGUGCUACUCAGUUACGCAAUGCAUUUAUUCACUAUUAAUUCACCGUUUGUACGGUACCAUAUGAAGGCGUGUGCAAAGAUUGUACUCCGACCUGAUGAAGAUCGAUUGCAAAAUGACCUCGACGGUGACACGCCCAUUGCCAAAUACGGUGUAUUAACGCUGGAGCCCACUUCGCCGCCAGCAAAUGCGACAAAUAGCACAACAGGCGCACUGAGCUUCAGCAAUCCCGUUUAUGAGCUUUCCAAUCCAACGGCUGGUGAAAGUGUAAUAGAGGGACUCAAUAGUUUACCCGAUAUGCCAAGCACUCCGCAAGAGCCCACUACGCCGACCACAGUGGCUUUCAAGGUAGAGCACGUACUCACGCCCGGUACUUGUACGCCCGGCAAGCUGAGCGAUCUGAAGAAUGGCUUUGUCUCACGUUGGACCGUAGCCCAGGCGAUCUAUCCAUACAUGGUGUGCAUCGCGCUGGCCUACUGCGUCACACUCUCGCUAUAUCCUGGCAUCGAAUCGGAGAUUAUUUCAUGCAGUCUCGGCACAUGGCUGCCAGUACUGCUUAUGUUUACCUUCAACACGGCGGAUGUGAUUGGAAAACUGCUGGCUGCUCUGCCAUAUCCAUGGUCACGACGUCAGCUAAUAUUAAUGUCUGGUUUACGCAUCGUAUUGGUGCCGCUAUUGCUCUUGUGCUGUGCGCCGCGUCAUCAACCUGUCAUUUCUGGAGAGACAGCGGCUUUUAUUUUCACAAUCGGCUUGGGCGUUAGUAACGGUCUCGCUGGCAGUCUUCCAAUGAUGCUAGCGCCAGCCAAAGUGCCCGGCACACUUAAAGAGGUGACCGGCAACAUGAUGACACUUUCGUAUAACGUCGGCUUAACGACUGGUUCACUAAUUGGUUAUGUUUUUGAAUCCAUGCUGGGUGCACAGCUCACCAAUCCAUGUCCGACCUACCCGUAUGCACCGGCCUCAAUGUUAGACCCAACCGGCGCGCAUGCGCAACUUAUCAGCACUACUAGCACGUCAAGCACCGCUGCACCCAUUUUGAAUACUACAGCCGUUGCUGCGGCGCUGUUUACCACAACAGUUUCCACAUUAUUACCGACCACCGAAGCAAGCACAACCGCUUUGGUGACCACAACAGCAGCGGCAGCUGUGUCCACAACCAGCACAACCGUGGCGCCGCUGUUGCCCACUCUAAUAACGCCGACGACCGCGUUGGUGACCUCUACAGCGGCGGCAAUUUUGAGUUCGGUAGCGGGCACCAUCGACAAUGUAGUCUCAGCCGUGGUGAGCACCGUCUCAACGGCGGCUCUGGGCGACUUGACUGGCGAGACGAGCAUAAGCACCACAGAUCCCCAAACGCCAAUAGAGCUGAUGCAACAGAUUUAAACGAUUUGUGUCGCGGGUUUUAACAUGAUUGUGGAGCGAGACUGAAAGGUGUUUUAGUAAAGACCAAAAGUAUUUAAAAUAGAAGGUCUAGGCGGGAAGUGCCCCGGUUUGAAAUACGUUUGGAACUGUAAGGUCACUAUAAUGUUUGACAAAUUUGCUGUGGUUUAUGAAGUAUUGUAAAUAGCUGCUUUAAGUUUUUGUAAUCAAGGCGAAUAAUUUGUGGGUGUCUUAAACUUUCUUUUUACAUAGACCUCGCUAUGUGUGCUUGACUGAAAUGGUGGUGGUCGUGUUUAUAAUCUAAAACUAGAAUUCUCACAUAAACGAAUACAGAACUACACCCAUUUUAUUCCACAGAACCCAGAGCAUGAAACAAAAUUGUUACCAACAAUAAGCGGAAAAAGGUUUUAAAAAAGAGAUAAUACAUUUUACUCAUAGUACUUGCUGCUAACGGCAUGUCAUACUCAUAGCAAACACAAAAUAAUAUACUCAUACUGAUAAUUAGCUUACAUACAUACAAACAUUCAUACUUAGAUACUGAUGAUUUCAAAUAACUGACGUAAAAAAAACACAUUCGAGUAAGAAUUCGCGCCUAAAGGUAGGCUUCGUAAACUUAUCCGAUUUUAAUAUUUUUUUCGCAUUAACAACAAGCUAAAGCCGAGGUCAAAUUUUAAGCGCCAAGUGUAAAAUACCGCGCCUAAGGUUGCUACUUUUAAGCGCUGAAAUUUAACUCGACUAUGUGUGCUUGUUUGGUUUUAUAUACUCGUAAAUAUCACCCUAACUUAUACUCAGUUAUAAAUAAAAAUAUGAAAAUUAAAGUAUGUAUUAGGAUGAAACCCGUAAAUCGCGUGCAAUUCAGUGGAUAUGUGCUAGAAAUUAAAAACAAAAACCAAAACACUUAAAAAACGCGAAUAACUCAAAAACUUCAAGAACAGUUGGUACUUAAGUAAAUAUAAUAUAUUAAAAGACAGUGUGACGAAUACUUUUAGGCGUGUUACUAUGUUUUUCCAGCAUAACCAAAAGGGCUGAUAGAAAUUUAAAUUCUUAAAAUUACAUGAGAUAUAUUUUUAAUAUGUGCAUACAUAACUACAUACAUAAGGUUUAAAAAUAAAAGGGAAAUAAAAAAGAACUUAACUAAAAUAAAAGAAACCGAGUUAAAGGUAUAGCAAAUCGGAUUUGCCGAAAACUGUGUCAUAGUAACUAAAACCAAAGUUUUUGAAUUUUAUUAUUUGAAAUUUGCAAUUUCCGUUGCUUACAUUUUCCUUUUUGUGCCUUAUUCUUAAUAUUGUUAAACGUUGUUUUUGAUGUGUUGUUAAAGGUAUACACUGCAGUGGGUUUCCAAAUAACGCAAAACUUACAAAAAUAUUAGUAUUUAUCAUUGAUCUUUUAAUUGAUCACUGAGGACUUUCUAAGAUUCUCAUGACACCAUGAAAAUCUUUUAUACCUCUCAUAGAAUAAUUCGUAUGAAUAACUGAAGAAAUGGGUGACAUUCUUCAAGCUACUUUUCAACAAUUCUGUUUGUCUUGAAGUUGCUCGAUUAAGCUGAUAAUAAAACUAAGUGAUUCUUGACUAGUUUCGAGCUGAUCUUGUCGAUUCUAGUUUCAAGUGCUGAAAAGUUACAGUUGUUCAAGAAUCUAUGUUACAAGCAGUUGAGAUUUUCUUAGAAAAAUUUAUGUUAUUUUGCCUGGCUACGCUUGAACGGCUUUGGACUCUUCAGUAUUUUGAUGAAAGAAGCAUGAUCUUUGUCUAGAUUUAACUGAUUUUUGAGCGGGCCCAGUAGCUGUUUCGAGACAAUGAUGUAAACGAUCAAGUAAGGGAAACGCCAUCACCACACACUGGGCACUGAAGCUGCGCAUAUCAAACCCACUGUUAGUCUUAUAUAAUAUUUAGCCUCGGCUUGACUUAAAUGUCGAUUGAUUUGAGUUACUUAUAUCACUUAUUUAUCACUUUUUCUUUUUAUUUAACUAUAUUUUAAUAUUUACCGCUAUUCUUUAAUUCAAACCUAGACUUGGUUAUCCUGUGGCAGCUCUAUAGUCUUUGGCGGCUUCUAUAAAGUAUCACUAAAAUCAAAAGACAAGAAAGAAAUUAUGAAAACUAUAUAGUUUCAUAUAUAGCAAAUGCAAA